AUGUCUUUCAUCGAGGAGGUCGAGGUCGCCAUACGCGAGAGACGUGUGGUGCCUCCUCCGCGUCGUGACAUUGGCGUCAGUGCGUCAGGGCCGUCAUGGGUACGGAAGGAAACACAUCACGUACAUUCCUCCAGAUCUGACCCAUCAGUCGUAUUAUUGUGUGCGUGCAGACCAUGAGCCACACGGUGCACAGCCGAGAGUGUCGGAUUCGCUUCACGCCAGGAAAGGUCUCCUACGACACUGGUAGCAUGGAGGCGCUGCGCUGCUCGGUGCUCUCCAGCUCAGACGGCAGCACCUGGUCAAUGGCGGGUGCGGCAGGUGUGUGCCGUCGGCCAGCACGCGUGACAACGAGGAAGCCGGGCCUCAGCUGCAUGGACUCGUGCAGGAGACGGUGACGGCCAUCGACGCUGCACUCCCGCUCAUCGCCAGGAACGAAAUGCCGUCUCUCCAGGGCACCGUCCGGAUGAGUCACAUGCGCAACAGAAAAAGGUGCCGGCUGAGCUUUGGAUGGGGCCCAAGUCUGGCCGAGACAAGCUGACAGCAGUCAGGCUGGCUCUUGAGGCCAAGUGGGACCAUAUGUUGGGCGAAGUAUUGUCGAUGAGUGGGCUAUAUGUGUAGUAGGUCUGCGUCACUGAUGGAUGACCGAGAUUGGAUGGACGAGUGGGGACGGUGUAGGGCUCUAUUCUGUGUGGCUUUUCAACUGAAAUGUGUAGGAGCCUGCCCUUAGUGUCUUAGGUCCGUGCAUACCCUGCGGCACGUGUGUGCUUCUUGAUGUGUUGCCUUAUCAGGCAUGCGCAUUCAUACCUGCCCGCUGCAUGUUGGGGUGCGCACAGAUUGAUGAGGGCUGCCUUGCCCUCUUAUCUUUCGCCUCUCUGACUGACUGUGUGUGUCGUCUCAUGGCAUGUGUGGACGUAUGUGUGCGUACCGCAGUGAUGACGUCCAUCCAUCCAUCCAUCCAUCCACACCUACACACAGACACAGGCAGGGACAGGUGGGAGCGAGGGAGGGAGGGAGGGACUGUUUGAUUGAGCGACUGAGUGGCUAUGGGCUGUGAGGCUGGCGAUGUGUACAUGUGGGGGGCAAGCUGCUUUUUGUGCCGGCCAGCGGAUUGGAAUUUUGUGUGUGCCAUGCUGACUGGCUGACUGUCUGACUGUCUGAGUGUCUGUGUGUGUACGUGCGUACCGCAGUGCUGGCGGGUACACAUCCACACAUCCACACAUGAGGGACGGGUGAAGGUGACCACACAUGCGGUGUGUCCAUCUCUUGUUGUAUGUUUAUCUGUGUGUGUAGUAAUCGUACGCCUACGUCUGUCUACUCGUCCCCCUCUCUCUCUCGCAAAUGAUGGCCUUCUCGGCAAAUGAUGGGACACAUUUCUGUGGGCAGAGAGUCCGGCCGAUCAAAUCCCAUUGCAAACUGACUAUCGUGACACUCAUGUGAGAACACAAAACAGCAGCAGAGUGACCAUACGAGCGCACGCGAAAUUGUGGAACACAUUUAUAUGGGCAGAGAUGAGACAAGGAUGGCGGGCAGAGAGGGGCGCCAUUGUGUGCUCCUCGUCCUCCUUUGCCUCUCCUCGAUUACUUAGCGCCAAAGUUCGGGAGGGCAACGUGCUGGCCAGAGCAUAUCAUCAGCUAGCCGACGCCUCACUGUGGGCUGCGCGUAUGGUGGGGUGCUGGUUGCUUGACGCUGUAUGUGUGUCUUGUCCCGUGGUUUGUGGUUGAG